GGACAAGCUCGUGUGCGUGGACGACUUCGAGAGGGAGGCUCGCAGCUCCCUGCCUCGCAACGCUCUGGAUUACUACCGCAGCGGGGCUGACGAGGAGCUCACCCUCUCCCUGAACAAGGAGGCCCUCAAGAGCUUGCCGCCACUGUCACCGUGUGUACGGUAACUGCGCAGAUGCCCAGUCGCGGAUCGCGUGGAUACAAGGGAGCGGAGGGGUUGUCUUUCGCCCCCCUCCCCCUUCCGCCCGAACUCCGCCACUGCACAGCCGAAAAGCUCGGCGGUCUCUCAGUGUCACAGUCAAAGGAAUAAAAUCAUGUCACACAUGUCUGUGAUGAUUUCAAAAUGUCACCUGCUCUACAAACUCAAGUAUGUACUUAGUACACUCCACCUGGAGUGUACUAUGUACACACUUGAGUUUGUAGAGUGUACAAGUUGUUUCCAUUUCUUUAUGUGUACAUAAAGACACACGCACACCCAUCCAUGCAGGUACAACUAUAAAUCCAUGUCGUUAGUCUGUACGAGGGACUUGACCGGGUAAUGUGCUCAUGGACUCGGGUAUUGGUACUAGUAGUAGAGAGAAAGCCGACACCAAGUGUCUCAACCGUCAGCAGACGGAUUCAGAGGGAGUCGUUUUCGUCAAUCACACAGUAAAUGUCUUACGGUGAAAGGCUGCACCAACAUAAUAUGGUGGCGGUUUUCUCCAUAAUACCAACGAAAUUCGUCAAAAUCUCUAUAAGGUACAGUGAAUUCUCAAUGGUAUGUAACGAAGUCAGCUGCACCACCAUAAUAUGGAACAUUUUCACCAUAAUACGGAGAAUCUUCACUGUACAACAUUUAGAGUGCAGUCUCGCGCGCCCGUAGGGACGUCCCCUGCAGGUGCGAGAGAGACAGAGCGACGGAAACGACUCUCGGAAUGACUCCCCAGGUUGCGCAUCCGGCCUCGCAUGCUGCGCGACGUGACGCACCGGUCCACUGCCACCGCUGCCCUCGGCGAAGCGGUGUCCGUCCCCUUCGGGGUGUCCCCGACGGCCAUGCAGCGGAUGGCGCACCCCGACGGCGAGCUGGCCAACGUCAGAGCCGUCGCGAAGAUGGGCGGAGUGUUCAUCUUGAGCACCUUGUCCACGUCCAGCAUUGAGGAGGUGGCCGAGGCCGCGCCGGACGCCACGAGGUGGUUCCAACUUUACAUUUACAAGGACAGGUCCGUGACGGAGCAGCUGGUGCGGCGCGCGGAGAAGGCGGGCUACAGGGCUCUGGUCCUAACCGUGGACGCCCCCGUCUUCGGCAACCGGCGCGCCGACGCCCGUCAUAAGUUCGCCCUGCCCUCCCACCUGCGUCUCGCCAACCUCGAGGGCCUCGGCCAGGAGAAGACCAAAAUGUCCAGCGCCAAGUCGGGCUCGGGGCUCAACGAGUACACCAACAAACUCUUCGACCAAUCCGUUAACUGGAAGGACGUCGAGUGGCUGAAGAGCUUCACGACACUGCCCCUCGUGCUCAAGGGCGUUCUCACCAAGGAGGACGCUCUCAUGGGGGCCGAACUCGGGGUCGCGGCCAUCUUCGUGUCCAACCACGGCGCCAGGCAGCUGGACGGCGUCCCCGCCUCGAUCGAAGCUCUUCCGGAGGUCGUGAGGGCUGUCAAGGGACGGUGCCAGGUUUUUGUGGACGGCGGUUUCUCCACCGGCGCUGACAUCUUCAAAGCGCUCGCCCUCGGUGCCGACAUGGUGUUCUUCGGCAGGCCGGCUCUGUGGGGAUUGAGCCACAGUGGACAGACCGGUGUGGAGAGGGUGCUAAACAUUCUCAAGGUCGAGCUGGACCGAACCAUGGCACUCGCCGGAUGCAACUCCGUCAAGGAUAUCGUCAAGGAGAUGGUCGUCCACGACACUUACUACAGCAAAUUAUAAUCCGGAGCUCUACU